UCUAGCAGAGUGUCGUGAGCGUGCGAGAAAGCAAUUCAGCAAGAUGGAUAUCGGCAAUGAAAUCAGUCAUAAAAUAAGGGAUGCCAUCAAAGCAAAGCUGGUUGACCUGGGGGCGUAUGUAGAUGAGGAGCUGCCAGACUACAUCAUGGUGAUGAUUGCCAAUAAGAAAACAACAGCUCAGAUGAAAGAUGAUCUGCAAUUAUUUCUUGGUAACAAUACAGAGAAAUUUGCAUUGUGGUUGGAUGCUGUUCUUCAUAAGUUGCAGUCUGCUACAGUAGAAGCUUCGUUGGUAACUCCUACAUUGGACAAAGAGACCAUACCUGCUGCUCAGCAGGCGAAAAAAAUCCGCAAAGGCAAAGAUUCCAAGACGGGGAAAUCAUCAAAACACAGCAAGGCCAGAGAAUCUGAGGUUGAGAAAUUCACGGAAGAAGUCUCUUCAGCAGCAUUGCAUGAACCAGAACCGUUGUCAAUUGAGGAAAAACCAGAAACACCAGAUGAUCCCUCACAGGCAGUCAUCACCUUAACACCAGAGACUGGUGACAUCUUUGAUGAAGAACUUAAUCCAGAAACCACUGAGGUGAAAAGUGCACCAGAGAAGCAGGUCACAUUUUCUCCAGUUGCUCCACCACCAGAGACACAAGUCUCAGAAGUUGCUCCAAUGCAAAGGAGUCAUAACGUUCGUCCAGUUUUCUCGGAAAAACCGCAUCCAUAUAUUUCGGAAAAAGUUCACCCAAAGGUUUUGGAAAAACCUAGCACAGAUAUGUCUGAAAAACCUCACCCAGAUGUGUCAGAACAACGUCUCCCAGAUGUGACUGAAGAAAGUCAAGUGUUAAAUAAUACAGGGAAGAGUACUGUGACACACAUUUCAACAUCUCCGAUGUCUAUGAUAGGGGAAUGUGAAGUGAUUACAAGGACAGUUCAAACCGUACCUAUAACAUAUACAGCAACCAAGAAAAUUCAGUCACGGCUUGGGGUCAGAGGCCACAGAUCAGGAAUGCAUCAAGGUAGUAGUGAAUCUAGGAAGUACAUGUUAGGGUCUGUAGUGGGCCAGGUGAUUGAUGAUGAAGAAGAAAACGAUUCUUUACCUGUUACCAAGCAAGGCUUGACAAGUGUUGUCAAACCUAAAAGAAGGCCAACCCUUCCACCUUCAAAGCAAGCUAACAAGUCUCUUUUAGUAAGGGCAAUGAGUGAUGCACAGAGGUCUACUAUCACAGAGCUUGAGAAACAACGAUCAAAUGCUGUGAAAAUUGUGAGGCCAAGUGUCAAAGGCAAGACUGUAUCAAGAAACCUAAUUUCACGCGCUAUUUCUGACGCCACAGUGUCCCAGAUACAAACCCGAAUUCAGCAAAAUCCACACAAAAGGCCAGACCGUGAUGAACUGCUUUCAAGAGGGCUAAUUUCAAGGUCAAAAUCAAGUGAAAAAAUUCAAAGAAACCUUGAUAACAACCAGUACCUGUGUGUAUUACCAACUUCACACCAAGAUGAAGAGGAAGUGAUCACUGAUGACCAAGAUGACACUGUACUUACUGUCAGGCAUGUAGAUGUUGAAAGCGAUUUGGAACAUGUUGAAGCUCAAGAAGACAAGAGGAUAAUGAAGAUAGUGUAUGCAGACGAACGCGUUGUCAAGACAACUGCAAAAGUGUCUCCUGUGCACAAGAUAAAGGAGCCAGAUGUAGUACCUCCGAAACCUGUCAACAACCCCAAGUUUAUUGUCACCUUGUCUGGAGCAGAAGCAUUGCGUUCACCCCAAAAGAGGGCGCCAAAGAGAGCAAGAGUUAUUGCACAGAGACCUUUAACUAGGACAAUACAUAAACAAGAGGUGACAACAUCACUACCACUUUACAAAGCAACCAAUAAAGAAGCUCUGCUAAUGAGAUUGAAUGAAGUAGAAGAAACGUUUGAGUCACCAGAAGAUGAGGAAUUUGCACUGAAAACUCAAGUUUUGAAAAAAGUUGAUGUAAUGGGUAUUUCCCCUCAGGUUGAGGCUGAGCUCUCCACUGCCACAAUACCAUCACAGCUUACACCAAAAGUAGAUCAGGUAUCCUUUAGCCUACAUGACUCCGAAGAUGAAGAAGAUAAUGUUUCACCAUCCAAGAAGCAAAAGCUUUUGGAACGUUGUAUGUUCUGGCCAGCCUGCAAGAAUGGUGACACCUGCUCCUAUAUCCACCCUACCACUAAGUGUGUGACAUUUCCAAAUUGUAAAUUUGGCGAUAAGUGUUUGUAUAUUCAUCCAAAUUGUAAGUUUGAUGCGCAGUGCUCACGCUCAGACUGUCCUUACACACAUGCUACUCGUAAACAAAUUGGCACCCAGCCAAGUCAAAAAGUUGAAACUCCAUCAAAACUUGCAGGUCAUGGACAAACUGUAUGCAAAUUCCAUCCUCUUUGUAAAAAUCCAUCUUGUCCUUUCCACCAUCCAAAGCCAUGUCGAUUUGGAGCUGCCUGCACUAGGCCAGAUUGUAUCUGUUAAAAAACCAUCAACCCUUCUUUCAAGUAUACCUCAACAUAUAUCACUAUAGCAGCUGAAGUAAAGUCUUUACUUACCCAGUUACAGCAUUUAUAUCUGCCACAAUUUUACCAUCAUAAGUCUUUGAUGCCGGGAGUGUAUGAAAAGCGGAUAGGCGGGAGAUAUGGAGCUUGGGAUUUAAAUAAUAGUUUUUCAGUGUUUUAAAAAUAAAUGUGAUGUGUGCACAUGAGUGUAAUAUGACAUCAUCACAUACAAUUUGAUAGUGUAGACAAAGCCUCAGCCUUUGACUAAGAUUUGUUAUCAAGUGGAAAAAAAUUUUAAUUUAAAGAAAUUUGUUUUCACUCUUCAACCAUAAAUUAAAAGUGAUAUGUUGACUUCAUUUCAUGUUAAGACAUUCUUUUAUUUGUACAUGAAGUUGUAUGUAUAUAAUCACACUGUAAAUAUAUAGAAGAGUGGAAAUUCGUAUAAAAAAAAUAUUUUAUUUGCAGUGAAGCGAUAAAAACUACUGGUAUUAAUAUGUCCUAAUACUUACGGUUGUUAAAUUGAUGUUGAUAUUGUUACUUAUUCAACAAGCUGUUUUAAUUAUUAUUUUGUUUGUAAUUAGAACUGGAUGAAUAACAGUGACUGGGAGAGGGUGAUCGAGCAGAUUUAAGCUUAAGCUGUAUCAAAUUUUCUUUGAAUGCCCAUAUAUAGUCAUGAUGUGCCUAUAUAUGGUCAUGAUGGGAUAUCAUCAUGACCAUAUUUAGGCAUGUCACAUGUUAUUUCAAGUAAAAUUUGAUAGUCUGCAAAGUGCUUAGCUGUCUAAAUGGCUGUAUUCGACUGGUCGUUCUUCGUUAAACCACGCCCACCUGCGCAGCGGUAAAAUCCUACUUAACAAAGACGAUCAGUAGAAUAGAAAACUGGUAAAUACACAACAAAACAAAAUGGCUGCAUAGUUACACUACGUAGUCAAGAUUGCCUCAGCUUGUGGCAGUAUGGGUUUUUCGUAAAAGAAAUAUUUUCAUCCAGUUUUUGAAUUCUGUUAGCCUACACUUAUAAUUUUUAUUUUCUGAAAUUUAAUCUAAAUAAUAUUAACGCAAAUGUCGUUUCUAAACUCACCAAUUGGCCAUGUUUAUUUUGGUCACAUGGAUACGUUAACGCUGAUUAACACACUCUGGUUAACGUUAUUUUUCGUUGUCAACGAAGUCUAUUUUAUGAACCAGUCGAAUGAAAAUAAUACUCAACGAAAAAUCGUAGUCAAUGAAAUGAACCAGUGGAAUAUGCCCAAUCUCAUUUUCCCAGAUGUUAAACACAAUUUUUAAGCAGUUUUUUUUUGUUCUUCAGUAACAUUUGACCUAUACCAGCAUAGUUCUUUGGUGCUCAACUAAUCGAUAUUAUUGUUUAAUUUUUCUUAAUUUGAUUUUUUAAAUAUCUCAGAUGUGAUCAAAGUGUAUGGUAAUCUGAGAGUUAAGUUUCUAGAAUUCAAUCAGCUGCGAUGACAACAUUGUCAAUGUUUCCUUUAUGCAUUUAUCUAAUUAAAAUUAAAAAGUUUAAUUAUAU